UGCUGGGAAUGACUCUGGCCGCACGCGGGUAGUCACCGCCGACCGAGUGCGGCGUAGAUUUGCAGCCGGGACACCGUGGGGCUUGCAACCCUGAGUUCGCAGCAGAGACACCGUGGGGCCCGUGAUCCCGAGUUUGCAGCGACAGCGGGAACAUUUCGGGGUCUGUGAUCUGAGUGGGGACGCGACGCAGAGGCUGAGGAUGAGCACCGCGGAUCUGAUGCUGCGCUGGGCCAUCGCCCUGUUCUUGGCUGUAGCUGGAGUUGCAGCAGAAGAGUCAUGUAGCAGGAAGGAGUUCCAGUGUACAGAUGGACAAUGCAUCGCCAGCAAGUGGGUGUGUGACGGCAGCCCCGAGUGCACAGACGGCUCCGAUGAGUCCCCUGAGACAUGCAUGUCUGUCACCUGUCAAUCCAAUGAAUUCAGCUGCGGAGGCCGUGUCAGCCGAUGCAUUCCUGACUCCUGGAGAUGUGAUGGACGGGGAGACUGUGAAAAUGACUCAGACGAACAAGGCUGUCCCCCCAAGACGUGCUCCCUGGAUGAAUUCCACUGCCAGGAUGGCAAGUGCAUUUCUCAGCAGUUCGUGUGUGAUGGAGACCGAGAUUGCCUGGACGGCUCUGACGAGGCCCACUGCGAGGCCUCCACUUGUGGCCCUGCCCACUUCCGCUGCAACUCAUCAGCGUGCAUCCCCAGCCUGUGGGCCUGCGACGCGGAUGUGGACUGUGACGAUGGCUCGGAUGAGUGGCCACAGAACUGCGGGGGCCGAGACACGGCCUCCGAACGGGUCAGCGGCCCCUGCUCCUCCCUCGAGUUCCACUGUGGCAGUAGUGAGUGUAUCCAUCGCAGCUGGGUCUGUGACGGCACGGCCGACUGCAAGGACAAGUCGGAUGAGGAAAACUGCGCGGUGACCACCUGCCGACCUGAUGAAUUCCAGUGUGCGGAUGGCUCCUGCAUUCACGGUAGCCGUCAAUGUGACCAUGAACAUGACUGCAAGGACAUGAGUGACGAGCUUGGCUGCGUCAACGUGACACAGUGCGAUGGCCCCAACAAGUUCAAGUGCCACAGUGGGGAGUGCAUCAGCUUGGACAAAGUGUGUGACUCUGCCCGGGACUGCCGUGACUGGUCAGAUGAGCCCAUCAGGGAAUGCAAGACCAACGAGUGUUUGGACAACAAUGGUGGCUGUUCCCACAUCUGCAAGGACCUCAAGAUUGGCUCUGAGUGCCUGUGUCCCAGCGGCUUCCGGCUGGUGGACGACCACCAAUGUGAAGAUAUUGACGAGUGUCAGGAGCCGGACACCUGCAGCCAGCUCUGUGUGAACCUGGAAGGCAGCUACAAGUGCGAGUGCCGGGCCGGCUUCUACAUGGACCCUCACACCAGGGUCUGCAAGGCUGUGGGCUCUAUAGGCUAUCUGCUCUUCACUAACCGCCAUGAGGUACGGAAGAUGACCCUGGACCGCAGCGAGUAUACCAGCCUGAUCUCCAACCUGAAGAAUGUGGUGGCCUUGGACACUGAGGUGGCCAACAAUAGAAUCUAUUGGUCUGACUUGUCUCAAAAAAAGAUCUACAGCGCCCUGAUGGACCAGGCCCCUAGCUUGGCCUAUGACGCCGUCAUCAGUGGGGACCUGCAUGCCCCUGACGGGCUGGCAGUAGACUGGGUCCAUGGCAACAUCUACUGGACGGAUUCAGUCCUGGGCAGUGUUUCUGUGGCUGACACCAAGGGCGUAAAGCGGAAGACGCUGUUCCAAGAGACAGGGUCCAGACCCAGAGCCAUUGUAGUGGACCCUGUGCAUGGGGGCUUCAUGUACUGGACGGAUUGGGGAACACCUGCCAAGAUCAAGAAAGGGGGUUUGAAUGGUGUAGACAUCCACUCACUGGUGACCGAGGACAUCCAGUGGCCAAAUGGCAUCACACUAGAUCUUCUAAGUGGCCGCCUCUAUUGGGUUGAUUCCAAACUCCACUGUAUCUCCAGCGUUGAUGUCAACGGGGGCAAUCGGAAAACCAUUUUGGAGGAUGAGAACCGGCUGGCCCACCCCUUCUCCUUGGCCAUCUAUGAGGACAAAGUGUAUUGGACAGAUGUCAUAAACGAAGCCAUUUUCAGUGCCAAUCGCCUCACGGGUGCAGAUGUGAAUUUGAUGGCUGAAAACCUCUUGUCCCCGGAGGACAUUGUCCUGUUUCACAACAUCACACAGCCUAGAGGGGUGAACUGGUGUGAGAUAUCAGCCCUCCCCAAUGGUGGUUGCCAGUACCUGUGCCUGCCUGCCCCACAGAUAAGUGCCCACUCACCCAAAUUCACCUGUGCCUGCCCAGAUGGCAUGCUGCUGGCCAAGGACAUGAGGAGCUGCCUCACAGAAGUCAACGCUGUACUGACCACCCAGGGGACAUCUGCCAUUGGGUCUGCGGUCACCGCAUCAGCUGCUGGGCUGCCAAAACACAAGGAGGGUCCCUCAGCUACCAGCAUUUCUGGGAAGCCUGUGGACACCCCAGGGCACAGCACAGUGGAGUCGGUGACAAUGUCCCACCAAGUCCAGGGUGACAUGGCUGGCAGAGGGGACGAGGAGCAGCCGCACGGCGUGGGGUUCUUGUCCAUCUUCCUCCCCAUUGCACUGGUCGCCCUCCUUGUCUUUGGGGCCAUCCUACUGUGGAGGCACUGGCGGCUGAGAAACAUCAACAGCAUUAACUUUGACAACCCAGUCUACCAGAAGACCACAGAGGACGAACUCCACAUUUGCCGAAGCCAGGAUGGCUAUACCUACCCCUCAAGACAGAUGGUCAGCAUGGAGGAUGAUGUGGCAUGAACAGCUGUGAGAGCCAUCUCCUUCCGGGACCCGUUGGCAGGCACGGGUAGGCAGGAAAGACGCUUUCUCCACACCUCCCCACCCAGCCCUCGCCCUGCCACCUCAGUGGGCUCUGUGUUGCUCAAAGCAAGAUAAGAGCAAAGCUGGGCUGGGAUUAAGCUCAGUGGCCUGUCUGCCCCAGGUUCUGUUUUAUAUAUUUAUUGUCUGGGGACAGAAAAAGCUGCUGGCUGUACUGGAGAUGGGAGUUCUGCCUGGGAUUUUUUGUUGUCUUUCUUUCCUUGGAAGAGGCUGCCCCAGAAGCUUCUGAAUUCUACUUUUUUCAACACUAACGCCGAGGAGGAAGAGACCCAUCCAGGUAGAGAGAAGCCUGUUGUUCUGAACAUGAGACAGCAGGUACUACUGAGAAGGUCCUAGGUACCAUGGCCAAUCCCUAAACUCAGGACUACCUGCAUUGACCUUUACCCCGAGAGCCUUCCCGCCUGACUCUGCCAUCCCCAUCAGAAGCCAGGAAAGUGACUUUUGACAUUCAGUACUGAGCUUGCUGGAUCUUGGGGCCAGCAGCUGCCAAUGACUGAUGCCUGCUCAUGCCUUUGCCAAAACUUCACCUGUUCCUGGAGGGACAAGCCUGAGUCGCCAUUCCCUCCUAAUAUUUAUGAAGUGCCUGAGACGUCUGGUUGCCUUGCUCAGGAAUCCUGGCCUGUGCUGUCUAAGCACCCUGCUGCUCAGGGGUGGCCACGAAGACCUCCGUCCCGUGCCCAGCCCCAGUUUUCUGUGUGAGGCUUGCACUUCUCUCUGCGCACUUUUCCCGUUCCGGGUUGGGCACCCACGUGGUCCACGUUUGUACUCUUAGGUUGCACUGUUUGGUGGUGUGUUGGAUGGACCCUCAGGCCAGAAGUGGCCCUGAAUCACUCACUACAGAAGAUGAUUGCCAGGCUCCGAGCAGCCUUCCAUUGCGGCCUUCAGUACUGGGUGGAACUCAGGGCCUCUGUUUUGUUUUGUUUGUUUGUUUACUUUAAACCUCUGCCAGGUAGUUUCUGAUUCUGCACAACAUUUGUUCAGCUCCUCUGGUAUCAAUGACUGAACAUGUGUUUCUCACAGAGCCUUCCAGCCUGGGCUACACAAUAAGACACUGAUUCAGAAUGGAAAAAUGGGAGAGGGGGGUGUGGGGAGGGAUACAUGUGUGGUUUUUCAGCCCUUAAUCAGCCGGCCAGAUAUGGUGGCACUUGGCUUUAAUCCUAUGACUUUAUAGGCUGAGGCAGGCACGUCUGAGGUCCAAGCCAGCCUGGGCUACCUAAAAACCAAAAGAAAUCCCAUAACCCAGGCUAUUUGGGGUUACUUGGAAGAAUACUUAGAAAUUGCCACAGAUUUGUCACACAGGUAACCUAAGACAGUGGCAGCCUUGCUUGGAUUCCUGGGUUGCUCCACCUGUCUGCUGGACAUGAGGCCGUACUGCCCAGCCCACUAAGACACUUGUAAAGGAGCUCUUCAUGGUGCCAGUGGCACCUGGCUCAGUUUUCAUUCUGUAUAUCCAAGGAUAUCACGCAUAUGUAUUAAAUCUAUUUAUUUUUGCAAACCCUGAUUGCUGCACUUGUUGGUGACAUUCCUCCAGGUUAGGCUGGGGUGAUAGAUACUCUGGGAUGCUCUGUGUACAAAGAUUAUUUGAAUGGACUGAUCUCAGGCCUAUCCUGUAUGUUGCUUUGAGCAGGUGGGAAUUGCUUUGAAACCCUUGUUCAGAUAGAUGUUUUUAUAGGCUGAAAAUGACUUACUGUGAUGGAUUAAAUUCUUUUUUGGGAACUUUGUCA